AUGCGCCCUCAGUUCCUCGUUCUUACAGCCCUGGCUGCGUCCGUAAUGGCAAUGCCCCCGACGGAGAACGUCAAGGCCGCGGCAUCUAUCGACAGCGCCGCUGAGCAUGUCCACGCUGUCCGUGACGUGGAGGGAUCCAAGAAAGGCAAAAGCGAUGAUUCAGAAUUGACCAGUACUCUAAGCGAAGUUGUUUCUCUGCUCUCUGGUCUUCUGGACGGAUGA